GAAGGCGUGCACGGUGCAGGCUGGGAGUUGUAGUCCACCGUCUCCUGGCCGUCGCAGGGAAGGGGGCAGGGAGACUGCAUUUCCCAGCGCGCCACGCGCGCGCAUGCGCCUUUGCUCUUCCUGUCGCUGACUGGUGGGGCGGGCGGCCGGCCGGCCAGCCGGGGUUGUAAGUGUCAGGGAUCGCUGGGCUGCCCCACAGCCGUGCGCUGCGGGCGAUGGACGGCUAGAGCCCGCGGCCCUCAGCCUCCUCUUCGCCGCCAACAUGUUCGGCCGCUCCCGCAGCUGGGUGGGUGGCGGGCACGGUAAGGCCGCCCGCAGCAUCCACUCCUUGGACCAUCUGAAGUAUAUGUAUCAUGUUUUGACCAAAAAUACCACAGUAACAGAUCACAACCGCAAUCUGUUAGUGGAGACUAUUCGUUCUAUAACUGAGAUCCUUAUAUGGGGAGAUCAGAAUGACAGCUCCGUGUUUGACUUUUUCUUAGAGAAGAACAUGUUUGUUUUCUUUUUGAAUAUCCUGCGUCAGAAAUCUGGUCGUUAUGUAUGUGUACAGCUGCUGCAGACCUUGAACAUCCUCUUUGAGAAUAUUAGUCACGAGACAUCACUCUAUUAUUUGCUCUCUAAUAACUAUGUAAAUUCUAUCAUUGUCCACAAAUUUGACUUUUCUGAUGAGGAGAUCAUGGCAUAUUAUAUCUCAUUUCUGAAAACACUUUCCCUGAAACUCAACAAUCACACUGUACACUUUUUUUACAAUGAGCACACAAAUGAUUUUGCCUUGUAUACGGAGGCUAUUAAAUUUUUUAACCACCCAGAGAGCAUGGUCAGAAUUGCUGUCAGGACUAUAACUUUAAAUGUCUACAAAGUGGACAACCAGCCUAUGUUGCACUAUAUUCGAGAUAAAACUGCUGUCCCUUACUUCUCCAACCUUGUUUGGUUUAUUGGGAGCCAUGUGAUAGAACUGGAUAACUGUGUGCAGACUGAUGAAGAGCACAGAAAUAGAGGCAAACUGAGUGAUUUGGUAGCAGAACAUUUGGAUCAUUUGCAUUAUCUUAAUGAUAUCCUUAUCAUUAACUGUGAAUUCUUAAAUGAUGUGCUCACAGACCACCUACUUAAUAGGCUAUUUCUGCCUCUCUAUGUGUAUUCAUUAGUAAAUCAAGAUAAGGGUGGGGAGCGUCCGAAAAUAAGUCUCCAAGUUUCUCUCUAUCUUCUCUCACAAGUUUUCCUGAUUAUACAUUAUGCACCUCUGGUGAACUCACUGGCUGAGGUUAUUCUUAAUGGGGACCUUUCAGUAUUCUCCUCAAAAGUUGAACAAGAUAUCCAGAGAAGUUCAGCAAAAUCAAGCAUCAGAUGCUUCAUAAAACCUACAGAGACACUGGAGAGAUCUCUUGAAAUUAACAAGCAUAAGGGAAAGAAGAGGUUGCAAAAGAGACCCAACUAUAAAAACGUUGGUGAAGAGGAGGAAGAGGAGAGAGGACUUGAAGAUACUCAAGAAGACCAAGAUAAGGCUAAAGGUACAGAGGGUAGUUCAAAAGGCAUCAAGGCAAGUGGAGAAAAUGAAGAAAUAGAGAUGGUAAUCAUGGAGCGGUGUAAGAUGUCAGAAUUGUCUAUCUCAACUGUGACAGAGCAGAAUACAACUGAUGAAGAAAAGAGUGCUGCAGCCUCUGGGAAUGAAAUGAUAAACUGGAGCAGGCCUUUUCUCGAUAUGGUAUAUAAUGCACAGGACUGUACUGAAGAUGAUUACUAUGCUCUCUUUGUACUUUGUCUUUUGUAUGCAAUGUCUCAAAAUAAAGGAAUUGAUCCUGUCAAGCUGGAGAGAAUUCAGCUUCCAGCACAGCAUGCUGAGGAGAAAAGUUCAUACAACCACGUACUUGCAGAAAGGCUCAUCAGGAUAAUGAAUUAUGCUGCUCAACCAGAUGGAAAAGUUCGUCUGGCAACACUGGAACUGGGCUGUCUAUUACUAAAGCAGCUAGUAUUAUCUAAAAGUGGCAGUAUUAUAAAAGAUGUUCACCUUGCUUGCCUUGAGGGUGCAAGAGAAGAGAGUGUUCAUCUUCUGCGGCGCUUCUAUAAGGGAGAAGAGAUUUUUCUGGAUAUGUUUGAAGACGAAUACAGGAGUAUGACAAUUAAGCCCAUGAAUGUGGAGUACUUGAUGAUGGAUGCCUCCAUUCUGCUCCCACCAACAGGGACACCACUAACUGGUAUUGAUUUUGUGAAAAGACUGCCAUGUGGAGAUGUGGAAAGAACACGAAGAGCAAUCAGAGUUUUCUUCAUGCUCCGUUCACUGUCACUGCAUUUACGAGACGAGCCAGAAACUCAGUUGCCAUUGACAAGGGAGGAGGAUCUAAUAAAAACGGAUGAUGUUCUUGACUUGAAUAACAGCGAUUUAAUUGCUUGUACAGUGAUUACAAAAGAUGGAGGUCAGGUUCAGAGAUUUCUGGCUGUGGAUAUUUACCAGAUGAGUUUAGUUGAACCAGAUGUUGCCAGACUGGGCUGGGGAGUCGUUAAAUUUGCGGGCCUUUUGCAGGAUAUGCAGGUAACUGGAGUAGAAGAUGACAGUAGAGCUCUGAAUAUAAUAAUUCACAAACCUGCAUCUAGUCCCCAUUCUAAGCCCUUCCCCAUUCUCCAAGCCACAUUUAUUUUUUCUGAUCACAUUCGCUGUAUCAUUGCGAAGCAGCGUUUGGCAAAGGGCCGCAUCCAAGCUCGACGUAUGAAAAUGCAGAGAAUUGCAGCUCUCCUGGAUCUUCCUGUCCAGCCUUCAACUGAAGUGAUGGGUUUUGGACACAGCUCUGCAUCUGCAUCACAGCACCUGCCAUUUAGAUUUUACGACCAGUCACGGCGUGGCAGCUGUGACCCUACUGUACAGCGAUCUGUUUUUGCAUCUGUUGACAAAGUCCCAGGUUUUGCAGUAGCCCAGUGUAUAAACCAGCACAAUCCAUCACCGCUUUCAUCGCCAUCUCCUUCUUCCAGUGGUAGUGGGAGUACUGGACACUGUGAUUCAGUUACUGCCAGCUCAACUUCCACUCCUUCUACGGCACAGAGUCCAUCAGGUCUGGCAGGAAAGGACGACGGCGGGUGUUUAGUCUGUCGGAGGCUGACAGUCACGGUGGACACUGGGUUUAGGUCUUCAAGCAGCAGCUGCAACCGCAACUCGUGCAAAAUCGAUGCAGUAGGUGACUCUUCAGCUCUUGAACAGCCUCCCAUGACCUUUUCCAGUCAGGUGAUGUUGGUUGAUGAAACCUCUUCAGCUGCCUCAAAAUCUGGCAAGAACUCUGUAAAGAACCCUGAAGUGGAAACAGCUAACCUAUCCCCUAGCCUGAUUCCUGCACAGCAGCCCACAAUAUCUCUAAUCUCCGAUGACAAUACAGAUGCACUGAGCGUAGAGUCACUUACACUGGUCCCACCGAUUGAUCCACACAGCAUUCAUACUUUCAGCUGCAUUCCUCAGUCUUCCUUGCCAUCUGAAGUUUGCAGAGUGACAGAGGGAGAGGGUUCUGAUCAGAGUCAACAAGCAGACUAUGAUGAACAGUGAAGAAAAUGCAACUGACUGCUCUGUAUUUUCUUUAAGUGAGGUGAUGGGGGCAUUAAUAAAGCCACAGAGGCCAGUUGGCUCACAAGAAAGAGGCCAAUUACUCAGUAACUCAACAUAUGGGCAACUCUUUAAAAUAAACAUUAUACGUUCAGCAUUUUUGAAGGAAAUCUCUAUUGUAAUAUGGGAAAGUGAAGAAGCUUUGUUGGGCUACCUUGGCUUCAUGAUGAUUUACUUCUCCAAAUAUGGAGAGACAGCAUUUGCCAGAAAAAGGAAAUAUUUUAGGAUAUUAUAGUACAGAGAUGCUGUUUCCAUUUGAAACAGUUUUUCUAUUCUGUCAGUCUUAUUCAGCUUUUAGAGGUAUGGCAUAAAAACAGAGUUGGCCACUUUCAGUAUUGUAUUCAUAGGAUUGUAAGCUUUAAUAUUGUAUCCUCUGUGUAAUAUUUAUUUCAAUGUUCAACAUAAAUAUCGAGCAAAGAUUUUUUUUAUUAAAAUGAAUUGAACCCCUGAUAUAAAAAUCAAAGGCUUAUUAAUGGUUAAUAUAAGACGGUUUUUUGAGAAGCAUGUUAUGUAGUUUUUUGCAUAACCAACUACAGAGGAAUGUGAAGUAUUUUAAGAGACUGAUGUUCUACAUUUUCUUAAGUGAUUGCUUAAGUCUGUCUGUUCACUUCUGACAGAGGCAAAUUGUGACGUCUGAGGAAUGGCAAAAUCCCUUCUGCAGAAGGACACUGUCUUUUCUUUAGAAACAGCCACAAGAACUUGUGCUGCAUACAAGUUUCCAUCUCCAGUGUAGCCAGGAAGCCACCUUACCCAGCUGAUGAUAUCUCACUUUAGAAGGAUGAAACUCAAAAGGGAAUAUACUGAUUUUUCUAUAUGGAACCGGCUAAUCCUGAUGUUAACCAGAUUAAACUUCUCAGUGAAUGUGAAUCUGAUCUGAAGCCUAUCUGACCUGUAGGUCCUGGUACAUAGAAGAUAGAAAUUAAAGAGAAAGCAUAAAACUUGGCAGAAGUUUGGCAUGUUCUUUGCUGAAUUGAUUCAUACCUUAACAUGAAUAGAAUUUAACCACUCUCAAAUAAAUCUGCAAUGCAUUCAUUUCAAGUGGUGAUAAAACUAGCAGGGAAUAAUUAUUUCUGCAUAGAUGAUGAUGUAAAGUAUUUCCUGCUUCUCAAAAAUUAACCUACGCUUGUUUUUGCUUCUGUUUUGAUUUUAGUUAGCAACAGAGCCUAUUAUCGGAUUCUGUUCUUGUUGAAAUCAGUGAGAAUUUGCCAUUGCAUUCAAUAGUAACAAAACUAGACUCCAGUCUCGUGUAGGAUUAAUUUGAAAAGUGUGUACCUAUCUUCCAUUCACCCUGCCAUGGUUACACGAUCGUUUGGCCCUCAGUAAGGGAAUACUUGAGCAGGAUGUUUUAAAGGUUGUAUUUUUAUAUUUGACACCCCACUGACUUUCGGUCUAACUUUGUUUGCUGCUUGCUUUUUCAGGCUUGGUCCUUUGGGAAGCAACUUACCCGUAGCAAAAUACACAUAUACUCAAUGUUGGUGCUGGUGGUAGAGCCAUUAAGUGUUUGUUCCUAUGUGCAGAAUUGACUGAUUCAGAUCUGUCACCCUGUCUGAUUCCUGUGGACUUCAGCAGGCGUUUAACCAGUCUGAGUGUCUGAUCCUGCAAAUGCGAUGACCCCAAACCUCACAUGAAGUCUGAGAGUUAGGGGUCCUCAGCACCAUUCAGGUGGUGCUUAGCAACUUGUGGAACCAAACUCAGAUCAGAAUUUGGCCUUCGGGUGGAAUGGGAGCCCAUAUUUCUUUUGGACCAUUCUUAGACACGGUAGUCAAAAGACCAUCUCAAAAAUUAUUACCUGCUUAUUUCAAAAAUCUUUUGUGUUAGAUGUGACAUUUCGCUCGACCUAGAUCAGAGAAAAUGCCAUAUUACAAACCUGAUUGUUCUAAAUAGUAUUACUUUUAAAUGGAAAUUUGGGGUCUUUGUUAAAAGAAACACAUUUACCUAAUUUAAAAUUACAUUCUAGUUCAAUUAAGUCAACAGGCACAAAAUAGGCCGGUUAGCACGCAAUGCACCUUCUUACCUCUAAGCCAUAAUGCGCACCAAGAGAUGGGACAAAGGAAUUUUUUUUAAUAAGCUUACAGAAAAGUAAGAUUUGAAAGGAAAUUGUCUUAGUCUCUGCUUCCAGGUACAUUGUGGUCGCUUUAAAAGCCAACAAUCUACUUGAAUUGUCUGCUCGAAGCUUUAAAGGGAAGAGGAGGGUGAAAACAUAUAUUGAAAAAGAGAAAAUAGAAAUAAAUGACUAAAUAGUUACGACGUUCAAACAAUUGCUCAGACUUGUUUGUUUCUAACCUUAAAACGUAUAUAAGAAUUGACAGUGCCUUAAUGCUGCAUUAAGGAGAGUUCACCAUAUAAAACCCCUAUAGAUACUGAAAUGUAUCUUCUGGGGAAAUCUUUGCUCUGUUUACAAAUAUCGUGUAUUGCUCAUCUGCUGCCCUUCGAAAAAUAUCGUGCCCGUCACUUACCAGAGCAGCUCAAGAGCUAGCUCCCUUCCGCUGUAAAAGGGAGGUACAAACAAGAGAGCAUUAGCUCAACAGCCACCUUUUUCGUCUUUUUUUUUUUUUUUUUUUUUUUUUUGAAACCAGAAUUGAUUGAAUCGGUGUGUUCUCAGUAUUGUCUGAACCAAAUCCUCACUGUUCUCCAAACAUACUGGUCAAUCUUAAGGCUCAGUAUUUUCAGGGGCAAUUCUGUGGGGUCUGUAAAGAGGAUCAUUAUUAAAAAAUAAUGUGUAGAAAUGGACCAGAACAUAACACUGGAUUUGAACUCACUCAAACGUUGUGAGGAGAUGCUAUGGUCUGGGUGUGAAUUUUGGGGUUUGUUCCCAUCCUUGAACCAUGUGUUCUCAUGGUUCUUGCUGAAUGCUAACUGGAUAAACCCCCUCCAAUUCCUUCCUGUGAGACGAGACCAGCAAAGAAGUCAGUGGUGUGCUGAAUGUGACUUUGGCAGUUUCUUAGUCUAUUCUUCUCACAUGUAUUUUAUCAAAUCUGUACCAAGAUGCUAUAGUUCACAUGGGCUGUUCGAUCUUGCCUCACCUUUGCUCUGCCCCCAUCGCACUGAUGGUUUUAGUUUUCAAUGAACUGUAAGAGUAGAACCUAGAUUUUCAAUCUAACAGAGUAACUGCAACGUACACUUAAGUAACCUGGUAUAGGAAAAAUAAAGAUACAAGGCCUGAUUCUGAUCUCCCUUUCACCGGAAUAAAUCAGGAAUAAUUCUUCCAGAAUCAGUGGAGUUAUGUGGGUAUAAAACUGGUUUGAAGCCUCAUUCACUUUCCUGAGGAUUUUUAAAAUUUAAAUUUAGGAAAUUGUAUUUUUGGUUUCCUUUUUAGGAUUCUGUGGAUUAACCAUGCUCAGUCAAAAUGUUGUCAUUGUGCUAAUAUACAAAUAAAGGGCCCAUAAUUUGAGAGAGUAAUUGCCUUGGUCCCACAGUAAGGGAUGAGUCCACACACAUUCUCCAUGGCUAAUUGGUGGUAGUUUAAAAUUCAGAUUGGAUGAGUUAUUGUACGUUUUAUUAACAAACUGCUGGCUACGCAAGGAAAUAGUGCAUUUUGUUCCUUAAAUUUGGCAGAGGGUUGUAAAUACAGAAUUAACUGGGUAAAGGAGUUCUUCAGCAUUCCUCAUGACCUUUAGUUCAAGGAGUUCUAAACUUUGUUCAGUUAAGGGCUUUGUUAACAAAAGGUGAGAGGAUCUGUUCUUUCAUCACCUGUAUGGAAUUAGUACAAGUAAUUUUACAUUCUGGACUGUUGUCGUUAAAGAUGUGCCUGAUGCCCAGACCAGAAUUCCAGAUCAGGGAAGAGUCAAAUCUGGAUCCCUUUGGUCACAAUUUAGGCCCAUCUGUAGUGAGCCUCAUAAAUCCCUUGCACAUCAGUGAAAGUCGAAAUAAUGUUCCUGUGUGGAUUUUAGUUCUAAAGUUUCAUUGCUAUCUUAUGCGUGCAAAGUUUUAAAAGAUAUUGAAAGUUAAAAUGGUUUAGCUAUAGCAAAAUGGGCAGCAGCCAGCAGGUUUUAAGUUAUGAUCUUUCUAAUUAAGCAAUAAGACAUGGGUAGCUGUAAUUUCUAUACUGUUAUGAUAAGUGGCCUUGGAUGAUUAUUUUAACCACUCUAGAUAUGCAAUAAUCACCCUGUAAUUGAGUGUCAUUUUUCCAAUAGGAAAUGGACUUUAUUAGUAAAAUAAGGGAAACCCAUCAGGUCAAAUGUAUCCAGAUUUCUGAAGCCAAUCAUAAAAUUCAACAACGUAUCUGUUUGCCAUAUGCUGUGUUUAAUGUGUUCUUUUUCAUCUCACCUGUUGCUGUGCCUGUAUUUGCUCUUAUGGGUACAUAACUAAAAAAUAACCUACUUAAUAUUCACUAUGCUAAUAAUCACUGCUUCUCCACAAAACAACCAGUCGUCUUACUUCACUUCUGAACAAAUUUUAAUAAGGUGAGUGCUGUUAGCUGAAAAUUUUAUUGGACAGCUACUACCUGGAGAACUAAACCUAUUAACUAAAUGCCAAAAUGAAAGGUUUGAGAAGGGAGAGGGAGGCAUCAUGCUGUGGUGAGAAAUCUGCCUUCCACCUCCAGCUACUUGGAAGGGAGAGGCUGCUGGGCUUUUUACCGGGGUGCUGCCUUCGAUCCUUUUCUUUCUGGCUACUUCAUGUGAUAUAUUUAAAACUCCCUUCCCAUCCUAUACUGUCCUCUGGUUGCUAGAAAGGAGUUGUCUCUUCCACACAGAUGCAAAGCUCCACUACCCUGUCCACCACCACCACCACAUUGCUGGUCACUGUACUCCCUUAACCAAGUCGUCUUUUCUGCAUGGUCCUCUCAAAGAGUAGCUUCACUGCUAGCCUCUGCUGUUGUUCAGAGCUUUCCCAAGUAUCAGUGGAAUGAAACUGAAAUUCUUGUCAGUCCUACUGCUUCCCUCAGGCUUCUGUACAACCCCAGUGAACCUGAGCAGAAUUUUGUUAGUUUCACUUUGCUGCUGCGCAGAAAACCUCUGAGCAUCAACAGAGGCACUGGAAAGACAGUAUUGCACUGGGUCAAAUUCAGAAGGUUCUCUUCACACAAUAAGGGCCAGAAAUGUAAUGUUUUUAUAAUAGAGGUUUAGAUUCUAUACAACUAUUGCUGUCUUCGGCUCCCCAAAGUUUGUUCAAGCCCUACAGAUUGCUAAAAUUGUAUUCCUUUUACAAAAUAUUCUAUAAGAUGUUGCUCAGUACUUUUACGAGUAUAUUACAAAUUUAACACUAAAUUGCACUUGUCAAAAUAAUAGUACAUUUUGGAGGCAGUCACCCUUUUUAUUGUAUUUGAUUACUUGGUAAUUUGCAGAAUUCAGUCAUCAGUAAUGGGUCAUCCAGUCAUUACUGUGAAUUAAAGUGCUACUAUAUUGGAUUAGAAAUUUCUGUAGAUAACUAUUCAUUGUUUAUUUUUUAAUCAUUGUAGUGACUGGGUAUUUCACAUACACAAGAGGUGAGUCUUUUUGAUGUAAUGAAAUAACAUAGCUUCGUGAAUAGUAAUAUUUAAUGGCAUUUAUUUAAUUCAAAUUGUUUUCUGAAGAAAAUGAUACAGAGCCAGAGGUAAAUAAGGUACAGGUACUGUGUUCCCAGUAUUAGUUUAAAAUAAGCUGUCAGACAUUGUGUAUGAUUCUCUUGGCCAUUGGCUUAGUCCUUUAUACCAGUGAAAAUAUUCUGAUUUGGUUGCGUAUUCCUCUCUGGUGUAAAUGACUACCCCAGGGCUGAGACAGAGGAAAACCUGGCCCAUGUGUUAAUGUUUAUUACCCGAUAAGUGGAUGUAAGGACUACACAUAGUUGAAAAUGUUACAGUGUACAUGAAGCUAAUUUAAGAGGGGGCGGGAAUUGCAAAUGGUUUCAGUUUUGCAAACUAGAGAUGAUUUACCAGAGCCCUAAAAGUCUGGCUUUGCCCUGUAUCAACACUAAGUAGUAAUCCGUUAAACCAUUGUAACUUCAGGGAGCCCAGUUGUCAGCCUCUCCACCUGCAAAUAUGUUUCUUUUGUUGUUUGAGCUAUUGAACUUUGUUGCAAACAUUUUGCUUCAUUUUAAAUUGCUUUGAAAGUUCAAUUCUGUUUUAGGCACAAAGGGGGAAACAAACCUAUUUUUUUAUGUAAACGAAUGUAUUCAGGCAUUGUGCAGUACAUAAUUGCUCUGAGCAGGAAGGACUGUCUUCUUAUGAAAUAUAUUUGAAUAAUCUUGUGUAUGAGAUGUACUUGAUUUACAAAAAAAUCCAAACACAGGGUGGAUUUAAUUCUGAAAUGUCUUUCCUACAUGCAAUAAGUAUAAACUAUUUAACAUAGAUUGUAUGAGACAUUCAGUGUAAAUGUGACAGUACAUUAUGUUCAUUUAAAUUGAAGAAAAAUGUAAAUAGAUGUCUGGGGUAGGGGAAAAAUUAGGAAAUAUUUGUGUACAUUUCUGAAACCUUACAGACUUCUUCUACAGAAGGGUGAAUUUCCUGGCAGGAAUCAUGUUUCACUGGGUGUUGAACACCUGGAUAUGCAUGAAUAAUAGAAUUUUCUUUGUAAAUUGAACUUUCCAAUAAAAAUGGUGUUAUUGAGA